AUGAGUUCAAACGAAACUCUUCCAAAUUCAGAACAAGAAAAUAAUAGUAAAACUGAUACCAAAAAUGAUAAUAAAAAUAUAGGUGAUGAAAACAAAAUAAUCGAUACAGAUAAAGAUAUGAAAGACAAUGAUACCAUAAAUGGUAAAGAGAAUGGCAACAUAAACAUAAAUAGUAAUAAUAACAAUAAUAAUAAUAUUGAUACAGAUAAGGAAAUGAAAGAAACUUCCUCAAUUGAGGAAGAUGAUAAUAAUAAUAAUAAAAACCAAAACAACAAUAAUAAUAAUAAUAUUAAAGAGGAGAACGAUAAUUUAACCGAACUCAAAAAUAAUAAUAAUAAAGAAAAUAAAGAAAAUAAAGAAGAAACAAUUAAAGAGGAUAAAGAAAAAGAGAAUAAUAAAGAACCUGUAAAAAAUAAAGAAGAAACAAACAAUAUAAAUAAUAAUAAUAAUAAAAAUAAUAAUAGUGACAAUAUAAAUAAUAAUAAUAAUAAUAAUAGUAAAGAAACAUUAAAUAAAAUAUCAUCAAUGUCAAAAGUAUCAUUAACAAGUGAAAGUUCAGAGAUUAACGGUCAAGUGAAUACGGGUGUAGUUAAUAACAAUACAAAUAUAGAUAUCACACAAACCAAUCUUGAUGAGCCAAGAGAUUCAAGAGUAAUAAAAUCAAUUUUAAAAACUAUGGGUAUUCAAGCUCAUGAGCCAAGAGUUGUUAACCAACUCUUAGAAUUUAUGUAUAAAUAUGUUUUUGAGGUAUUACAAGACGCAAUGAUAUAUGGUGAACAUUCAGGAAAGACUGAUAUUGAUGUAUCAGAUGUUAGAUUAUCAAUUCAAUCGAGAGUUAAUUAUCAAAUUUCAACACCACCACCAAGGGAGCUAUUAUUAUCAAUAGCCGAAGAAAAGAAUAAAACACCAUUACCACCCAUUCCAAAUAGAUAUGGUGUGUUUUUACCACCUGAUGAAUAUUGUUUAACCAAUCCAAACUAUCAAGCAAAUCCAACAAAACCUGUAUUUCAACCUGUUCAACCAUUGGUUGGAAAUACUUCACGUGGUAAUUAUAAUAAAAAACAAUCUGAUAAACAAGUUUCAAUUAAAUUUAAUUCAAUGUCAAAUAAUUCUACUACUACUACUACAACUACACCACCAACUAUUGGUAGUCAAAAUGGUACAACAAUCGUUUCACCUCCAAAUUUAGGUAGUUUAGGAACUACAACAACUACUACUACUACUACAAUUACACCACCCCCACCAAUUUUACCAUUAUCAUCUAAUAUUAAACCACCAACAUUAUCAAUUCCAUCAUCAAUUACAUCACCACCAACAGUAACUACAAAAAAUACAUCCACACCAAUCAUUGGAUUGGGUUCUACUACUGUUGCACCACCUAAAACUUCUUCUUCCUCUUCAACAAUCGCUCCACCUGUAUUGUCAUUACCAACUUCAAUCACUUCACCACCAACUGUAACUGCUUCCUCAACAACAACAACCACAACAGCACCUACAACAACAUCACCAACCAUUCCAUCUUUAUCAUCACCAACUACAGCAGCAACAACAAUUACUGUAAAGAAAGAGGAUGUAAAAAUGGAUGAUUUUGAUGAUUUUGAUGGUCAAAUGAAAGAUGACAUAACACCAUCAUCAACACCACAACAACCAUCACAACCAACAGAAUCAGAAACAACAACAACUGCGACAGCAACAACAACACCUGCUGUAACAACAACAACAAUACCACCAACAACAACUUCAACCACACCACCAACAACAGCAACAACCUCAACAACACCACCACCAUCAACAACAACUACUUCAACACCACCAACAACUUCAACAACACCACCUCCACAAAUAAAAGAAGAAAAAUAA